CACAACAUGGCCUACUGAGAAAAAAGCUAUUAUACCCAUACAGCCUACAGGACACUUUCAAACCAAAAAACAAAAAAACUCUGUUCCACAACGCAUUCAUUCACAUGGAGUCGUCAUUGAUCUUCCACUCCCCAAGUUCCGAUUUCUCAUCGGAAUCUUCCUUCGAGUCACCGGAAUCUCUCUCUUGGGACGGCCUAAAUUUCGACCAUCCCGGUUACUCUCUUCCUUUCAAUGAAAAUGACUCGGAAGAAAUGUUACUUUUUGGCUUGCUUUCUAAGGCCAAUUACCAAGAAGAAGUAUCGGAAACAUGCUCGAACCGGGUUAAGGAGGAAGAGUUGAGCUCUGAAGCCGAGGAAAAUCCCAAGAAGGAGAAGUCCUAUAGAGGCGUCCGGAGGCGGCCGUGGGGGAAAUUCGCGGCGGAGAUAAGGGAUUCCACGAGGCAUGGGAUAAGGGUAUGGUUAGGAACAUUCGACAGUGCCGAGGCAGCGGCUUUGGCUUAUGAUCAAGCAGCUUUUGCCAUGCGAGGUUCCUCGGCUAUACUCAAUUUUCCCGUCGAAAGAGUUCGGGACUCGCUCAGGGACAUGAAUUAUGGAUCCUCCGAAGAUGGGUGUUCGCCUGUGGUGGCUCUUAAGAGGAAGCACUCCAUGAGAAGGAAAUCUGUAAGCAAGAAGAGCAAACAGAGAGAUGUUAGGAUCGAGAAUGUGGUCGUGUUGGAGGAUUUGGGGGCAGAUUACUUGGAAGAACUCUUAACUUCAUCGAUCUGAGAGUGCUGGCCAGGCCUUGGUGAAUCAAUAUAUAAAUAUCAACCACUUCUGGGCUUAUCGAUAUCAGAUCAUAAUUGCGUUCUUUUAAUUUUUAAUUUUUAAUUUUUUUUUUCUCGUUAAUCUUCCAAGAUUUCAUUGAAAUGAUAGAAAUGAUCAUCAUGCUAGCUUGGAAAUCUGUAUCUUAAUUUAUGAUAUCCCUUGUUGUUUUUGGGUUUUGUAAAUCGAUAAGGAAGUUUGUAUUAACUUGUUAGACCUGAUAAACUGAGAUGACUUAAAAGUCAACUAAUAUGGCCGAGCGAGAGAAGAGAAAAGCUUGCCAGCGAAAGGAUAGGAACGAUCAGGACUACCGACGAUGAGAAGUGCUCUAUACG